AUGCUUCUCCUGCAGCCCCGCGCAGUCCCUGCGCCUGCUCUGCGGGGGAGGCCUCCUCGGCCACGCCGGCGGCUGGUGCCACCUCCCCUCGCCUCCGCGCCCAGUUCCAUCGUUGUCAGCUCCGACGAGGACGCAUUCACCAGGUGCUCCGGGUACCUGUUCGAGGAGGGAGCGGCUACCGAGUCGGAGCUCCCCACCGCGUACGACCUCCCCGGCAUCGCGGCCGUGUACCGCCGCCGCCCGCUCCUCGUGCUCCGCCGCUCGCUGCAGAUCGGCACCUCCUUCGGCCGGUGGUUCGCGCUGCGGUACCUCGACCGCGUCAACGAGCGCGCGGACGACAUGUUCGAGCUUCGGGCGGCUCAGCUCAGGAGGAUACUGUUGGAGCUUGGUCCGGGAAACUGGAGGGGUUUGCACCCCUACAGUGCUCCUGCCUGUUCAUGUGAUGUUGUUCCACCUGCAUACCUUGAUGAGCUCUCACUACUUCAGGACCGCAUAGCACCAUUUUCAAACGAUGUUGCUUUUAACAUUAUAGAGAAAGAGCUUGGGCUGCCACUGAAUAUGAUUUUCUCUGAGAUAACACCAGAGCCUGUUGCUGCUGCAUCUCUUGGGCAGGUUUACCAGGCUAGGCUCCGCUCCAAUGGUAAGGUUGUUGCUGUCAAAGUACAAAGACCUGGAGUUCAAGCAGCAAUUUCAUUAGACAUAUAUAUCUUGAGGUUCCUAGCUAGUCUUGCAAGGAAGGCUGCCAAGUUGAACACAGACCUUCCAGUUGUUCUUGAUGAAUGGGCAUCAAGCCUAUUUCGGGAGAUGGAUUAUAGAGAAGAAGCAAGAAAUGGACUUAAGUUCAGAGAAUUGUUUGGGAAAUUUAGAGAUGUCUCGGUUCCUGAAAUGUAUCUGGAGCAAACUAGAAGGCGAGUCCUUAUCAUGGAAUGGAUCGAGGGGGAAAAGUUGUCAGAAGUCAGAGAUCAGUAUUUGGUUGAGGUUGGAGUAUAUUGUUCGCUUUCCCAGCUAUUAGAGUAUGGAUUUUAUCAUGCAGAUCCACACCCCGGAAAUCUUCUGCGUACAGUUGAUGGGAAAUUAGCCUACUUAGAUUUUGGGAUGAUGGGAGAAUUCCGACAAGACCUUCGUGAUGGAUUUAUUGAAGCUUGUCUUCAUCUUGUUAACCGUGAUUUUGAUGCUUUAGCAAAAGAUUUUGUAACCCUUGGUUUACUUCCUCCAACUGCCCAGAAGGGUGAAGUCACAAAGGCAUUGACAGGUGUAUUUGAGAACGCUGUUAACAGAGGAGUUCAGAAUAUAAGCUUUGGAGAUCUGUCAGGAAAUCUUGGACGAACAAUGUAUAAAUUCAAGUUCCAGAUACCUUCUUACUUUUCCCUUGUAAUUCGAAGCCUUGCUGUUUUAGAAGGUAUCGCAAUCAGCUUCAAUCCAAACUAUAAAGUUCUGGGCAGUUCAUAUCCAUGGAUUGCAAGAAAAGUUCUCACUGACAGUUCACCAAAGCUUCGAUCAACUUUGCAGACUCUUCUUUAUAAGGAUGGCACUUUCCAAAUUGAUCGCCUGGAAUCUUUGUUAACUGAGUCACUUCGUGCCAGAACAGAGCAAUCAUUGGUCAGAAAUCAAGAAGAUGUCGACAGUACGAGAUAUGCAAUUAAGCAAGUCUUGUCAUUCACAUUCACUGACCAGGGUGCUUUUGUGAAGGAUUUACUUCUUCAGGAGAUUGCUAAGGGAAUAGAUGCACUUGGCGUAGCCACAUUAAGCUCUGCAACGUCUGCAGCAGCCUCCAGAUUGCCAUUCGCUGGUGGCCCAUCCCCAUUGACCUCACUAGACGACGAGGAUGCCACCAACUUAAGAAAUCUGUAUCGCCUGCUCCUACUUUUAUCUAAGGUUUCUCAGAAGGAAAAUCCAUCUCCGAGUCCUGGAUAUAACAGUGCCAUAGAGAAGGAAGGUGGUAGCACGGAUGAACUUUCUCUUGCGCUGUAUGAAAUGACCUCUCUGCCAGAAUUUCUUCCAGUUCUUUCUGUCAUUCCUGAGAGUACAACAGGCAUUGUAAAUGGCCCAUGUUGUUAUGCACAUAUGGUGUAA